AUGUUGGGCCGUCUGAGACCAGAAGAUGUGAGAAUUGUGAAUUAUGUCUUUUCAUCGAUCGCGGUGCUGGUGACCUGUUUUCGGCUGUGGGAUCGUAUGCGGACGCAUCGGAUCUGGUGGGACGACAUUUGGGCGUUCAUGGCGAUGAUUCUGCUGGUGGUGUUCAUGGCGGCGGUAGAGGUGCACUUGCAAGACCCUUACACGCAUUCGAUGCGGCUUAAACUAAUUAUUGCAUAUAUGUAUCUUACUGACUCUGCGUUCGCCGCCAGGUCGUCCCGGAUGUCCAUCUUGCUCACCAUCAUCCGGGUGUCUCUUGGACGGCUCCGAACGGUACUCGUCUGGACAGGCGUCCUCUUCGGCGUCACCUGGGCCAUCCUCUUCGCCCAGAUCUGGUGGGUCUGCGAGGCCAACCCCAACCAGUGGAAAUCACAGAUCCACCCGCAGUGCCCGUUGGGCACGCAGGUCGCUGUCGCACAGGUCAUCACCGACGUGCUAAGCGACGCGAUACUAAUCCUCGCGCCCAUCCAACUCGUCUGGCGCAUAAACCUCGACUACCAACAAAAAAUCCGCGUCGUGGCGAUAUUCUCCACCACGCUCGCGACCACCGCUAUCAGCCUCAACCAUGCGUAUUUUGUGCUUAAAUGGGGCGGGCUCCCGGAGUUGCUUGCUGCUGUUCUCCAGAACCGCCGACACGCACGGCGCAUGGGGCCCGUCACCAGGUCCCUCAUCUUCUGGCAGAACUGGGUGCCGCUCCCGAUCACGUCGACGUUCCGCACGGUCGGCGGGGUGGUGAGGGAUAGGGAGUAUGUGGAGGAGAAGAGGAGGAGGCGCGCGGAGGCUGCUGCCGCCGCCGCCGCCGCUGCCGCUGAGGCUGAGGCUGAGGCUGGGCCUUCGGGUCAAGGUGCGGGUGCUGGUGAUGUGAGGAAGGUGGAGGACCCACGGGCGCCUACGCCCCCCUCGGCCUCGCAGAUCACGCAGAGCGAGCCGACAAACAGUGUGUGCCACGACCACGACCACGACCACGACCACGGCAAGUCGGCAGGCAAAGCGGCGUAUGAAACACGAUGA